AUCCGUGCACGAUGGCGGGUAUGGACGGAUUCGGUUUUGACGCUCACACUAGAAACUGGAGUAGUUCCGAGACUCCGGUUGUGAACGUUUCGGCUGGAUUGGGUGGCUCUGUUGGGCAGACCACUCUGAUCAACAUUCCUUUCGGAUCGAGUGCGGCCAUGGGGUCCACUCCGAUCACCACCUUCGUUGGAUCGAGCGCGACUAUGGGGUACGCUCCGGUCACCUUGGUUAUUGGACCAACCGCGGUUGCGGCCGCAAUGGUCACCCCACUCGGACCGAAUAUGGUUUCGACCAUACCGGUCAUUCCCUCACUUGGACCGAACACGGGUGUCUUCACAUCCACACCGGUCGGACAUUCUACUGUCAUGUUGCCUGCGAACUCUGUUAAAGAACCGACAAAGUUCACAGGUGUUGACUUUAAAAUAUGGCAGCAAAGGAUGUUAUUUUGGCUGACCACCCUCAACCUUGCGAGGUACUUGAGGGAGGAUCCCCCUGUUGUGGGGGAGAACGCGGACGAGCCAACGGUUCAGGCUAAAGAGGCAUGGAUAGCGAAUAACUAUACGUGCCUUAACCUUAUCCUGAAUUGCUUGAGCGAUGCCUUAUAUGCUGUUUAUAGCAGGGCUGCAUCCGCAAAGGAGUUAUGGACUACACUGUCCAACAAAUAUCAGGCCGAGGACGCCGGUGCGAAGAAAUUCAUUGUCGGUAAGGUUUUGGAUUUUAAGAUGGUGGAUUCCAAACCUGUGGUCAGUCAAGCUGAAGAAUUGAUCCUCAUUUUUAAUGAGUGCACUAACGAGGGAAUGGGAGUCAGUGAGGCAUUCCAAGUGGCGGAGAUUAUUUAUGUGCUCCUGCCGGCUUGGGAUGAGUUCCGGAGCUAUCUCAAGCUCAAACGGAAAGAAAUGACUUUAGAACAGUUGCUUGUUCGUCUCCGAAUCCGUGAAGAGGGUCUCACUCGCGAGAAGAAAGUAGCUGUUGCUAAGGCCAUGUGGUGGAGCAUCCACCCAAAGAGGGUUCUUCCAAAGGGCCCAAGCCAAAUAAGGACAAUAAGAAAAUUGGUCCUAAAGGAGGCGUCGCGAAGACCAAGAAUUGGAAAAGGUCAAUCAACUUCUUUGCCCCCACUCUUUGACGGCACCAACUAUUCCUAUUGGAAGGAACGGAUGAGAAUAUAUAUCCGUUCCACCAACUUCCAAUUAUGGUUGGUCAUCAAAAACGGAGAGGAAAUCCCGAUGAAGAAAGUUGACGACAAGUUGAUCCCCAAGACCGAAGAUGAGUUUGAUGCCGAGGACAUCAAGAAGAUUGAGAAUUAUGCAAAGGCCAUCAAUAUGCUGUAUUGUGCGGUCAACCUCGAUGACUACCGGAAAAUCUCCUGCUGCACAACCGCCAAGGAGAUGUGGAACAAGCUUGAAGUGACGUACGAAGGUGCUGAUCAAGUUCGUGUAGCCAAGAUCGAUUUUCUCACUCAAGAAUACGAAAUGUUCCGAAUGAAAGAAGGUGAGAAAAUCGAUGACAUGUUCGACCGGUUCUCAAAGAUCAUCAACGACCUUCAUGCUCUCAAAAAGACUUACGCCAACAAGGAUCUCGUGAGGAAAAUCCUGCGAAGUCUCACACCCGAAUGGAGGUCAAAAGCCGAUGCAAUCUACGAGUCCAUCGGAGUCUCCAAUGUCACCAUCGACGGGCUAAGAGGUAACCUCAAAACUUACGAAUAUACUAUUCUAACCCCGUCUUUGGAUGAACAAAAGAAGAAAGGAAUAGCGCUCAAAGCAACCAAGGAGACCGUAGAGGAGGUUUCAAGCGAUGACGACAACGAAUUUUGGCUUGUCAUCAAGAAGUUCAACAAGUUUAUGAAGAAGGAAUUUGAGUGGAAGGGAAGGAAGCACGACGGUCCUCCCAAGUGCUACGGCUGUGGCGAGAUAUGCCACAUCAAGCCAAGGUGUCCAAAAGCCAAACACGGCAAGGACAAGCCCGGCUUCAAGAAGCAAAGGGCUUACAUCUCUUGGGGUGGCGAUUCCGGAGACGAAUCAACCGACCAAGAGGAGGACGAAGCUGCAAAUCUCUGCCUCAUGGCGCACGAAGAUCAAAACGACGACGUCGAAGAGGCAUCAAGUGUACUUUGGUACCUUGAUAGCAAAUGCUCCAAGCACAUGACCGGGGAUGCAUCCAAGUUGUUGGGAAAAAUAUCAUAGAUUUUGAUGAUGAUGUAUUUAGAAUGUAAUAGGGACUUUAGGUCUCCCCCAAUAUUCAAUGUAAUUUUUCUUUUUAGAAAUAUUGUUAAAACCAAGUUCUUGAGAUUUCCAAUAAGGUUAUGAUAUUUCUUUAAGCGUUUUGAUGCCUGAAGACUUAAUCAAAUUCAGUGAUAUGG